AUGGCUGUAUACAAUAAUGCAGGUGCCCCAGGAGGUUCGUUCAUAUGUCUCAUCUCUUGCUUUUUAUUCGUAUCCGUCGUGGCCGGAGGCGGGUGCCUUCUGAUGUACAUGAUCCUGCCUGAACCACAAACCAGAGGUCGUUAUUGGCUUCCCAUUAUUGGGGUUGCGCUGGUUUGCCUUCCAUGGGUGUUCUGGUUCCUCACAUUCGUAUACAGACUUAUCUCUCGGCGCUCUGGAUCUAGGUUUGGCGUUGGCAAUGCCGGAGGAGCUGGUGGUGCAAAAAGUAUUAAUACAGCUGCAGCUGCGAAUGUAUGGGCCGGCACGGAUGCGGCUACACCCGCUGAUAAGUCUUCCGGGGGUGAAACCGGUGCGAUGGUAGCUGGAGAGAUAGAAUUAGGAAGUUUCAAGGAUGGAAAGCGAAGGGUUUCAUCGUUAAGCCGCACUUCGUCAAGCAUUAAUGUAUCUAAUCAUUCUCAUGAGAGCGAAAUGCCUCUGGCCACAUCAAUGGCAUCUUGA